AUGUAUUCUACGAAGAAUGGCCCUAGAUUACACCAUACGUGUGGAAUAGAUUAUGUCGGCGACGGGGUCGCUCACAACUUGACGAACACGAAGACGACGCCCCUUGACGAGUGCAUCAAGGAAUACUCGGCGAUUAACGGGUGUAUUGGAGGCUUACACAAGUCACACCCUGCGGAGAUGGCAUACAGCUUGGCUAUCAUGAUUGAACAAAGAAAUGGGCUGUAUGGCAUGAGCCCGAGAAGUGAAGACAUGGACACUAAGCGCUCGGAAACGCUCAGUCCUCACGCAAAUUGUAUAUUAGCUGGGAUGGAAGCCCCCGCGGCUCUAAACCAAAGUGGCUGUUUUAUCAGGAACAGCCAGCUGAGGAGAAACUUGGAAGAAGAGUUAAUGAAAGAUCAUUGGGUGCUGAUCGUGGUAUAA